GGAUGAUUUGCACAAUUUAUUGGCUGGAUUAAUUAUUUUACAGAGUAAUACAGAUCCAAUAAUGAGUUUUGCUGGGCCUGCAGCGGCUGGUGGUAUGGGAAUUGGUUCAUUGUAUGAUCAUGUUAAAAUGAGAAAUAUGACACAAAAGAACGUUUAUAGAUCACCUAGUUGGAUGCCUGGAACAUUAAACAUGACAACCUGUCGUAUAUCUCCCUACAUGAACCACAGUCAAAAUCCAGUAACUGGUCUUUUACUAGCUAACCAUACUUCGAUAGCUAUUUGUCUUCGCUCUAUUGCAACAGAUUUUCAAAAAAUGUGGCACAAAAAAGCUAAUGUACAUAAAUUCGAAGAAGCAAUGGAACAAGGUGGAAAUAAACAAUCUGGGAAAGAUUGUUUGGAAGAAAAAAUGGAAGAAAGCAAAGAGAGAUUAAAUGAAUUGCUUCAACUUUAUAGAAGUUCUCGUUCUUCAAAUUUCAUCGAAUAUGAUUUUCAAGAACAACAACUUUUACUUGACGAAAAUAGUAGUGAAUAUGCAACUUAUGGUACGCCAAAAUAAUUAUUUUUCUCUCAACAUGUUUUAUUUAAAAUUAAGACUUUAACUGUUAUUUUUGACAAAAACAUUCCUCUCUCUUUCAUUAAAAUUUAAAAUAUCCUUUCUGCCUUUAGUUAUUAAGGUGGGUUCACCUUGAAUAUUGCCACAAUUAUAAAUGGAUCUCUCCCAAACAUUCAUUUCUGACUUACAUUAUUUUUGUAAUUGAAUUGAUUUAUUUUUUAAAUAAAAAUUUUGAUAUGAUAAAGAUAUUGAUAAUAUUUUUCACUAAU